AUGGAGAGAAGAAGAAGAACAAAAGAGGAUUUAGCAUCCUUAAUGCGCAAAUCGUGGUACCAUCUACGGUUAUCUGUUCGGCAUCCAUCUAGGGUUCCGACUUGGGAUGCAAUCGUUCUCACCGCUGCAAGCCCAGAACAAGCCCAUCUCUACGAUUACCAGCUCAAUCGGGCCAAGCGUGUGGGCCGGAUCUCUUCUUCCACUCUCACUCUCGCCGUUCCUGAUCCUCUCGGCUGCCGGAUUGGUUCCGGUGCUGCUACUCUUAAUGCUCUCCAUGCUCUCGCUCUUCAUUAUGGCACUAGUGCAGAUAAUGUGCUUGAUGAAAAGCAUGUACUGUUGCUUCAUGCUGGGGGUGAUUCGAAAAGAGUUCCUUGGGCUAAUCCUAUGGGGAAAGUGUUUCUUCCUCUCCCUUUCUUGGCUUCUGAUGAACCGGAUGGGCCUGUUCCUCUUCUAUUUGAUCAUAUUCUUGCUAUUGCUUCUUGUGCUAGACAAGCUUUUGGAGAUCAAGGUGGAAUGCUGACUAUGACCGGUGAUGUUCUUCCUUGUUUUGAUGCAUCUGUUAUGACUCUUCCAGAGGACACUUCUUGCAUCAUCACUGUUCCAAUCACCCUUGAUGUUGCUUCUAAUCAUGGAGUAAUUGUUGCAGCUGAAACGGAAGUACAGUCUAAUCAAAAUUAUGCACUUAGUUUAGUGGAUAAUUUAUUACAGAAACCUACUGUAGACGAGCUUGUUCAAAGCAAGGCGGUCUUAGUUGAUGGUAGAACAUUACUUGAUACCGGUAUAAUAGCUGUUAGAGGUAAGGCGUGGUCGGACCUUGUUACACUUGCUUGCUCCUCUCAGGAAAUGAUUUCAGACCUCAUAAGAAGCAGAAACGAGAUGAGCUUAUAUGAAGAUUUGGUUGCUGCCUGGGUACCUGCAAAGCACGAGUGGUUGAGAAAGCGCCCUUUAGGUGAAGAACUAGUCAACAAAUUGGGGAGUCGGAGGAUGUUCAGCUACUGUGCCUAUGAUUUGUUGUUCUUGCAUUUUGGGACCUCAAGUGAAGUUUUAGAUCACCUCAGUGGUGUUGGUUCAGACCUGGUUGGUAGAAGGCAUCUGUGUUCUAUUCCCGCAACCACUGCAUCUGAUAUUACAGCAUCUGCUAUUAUUCUUUCCAGUAAAAUUGCACCUGGCGUAUCGGUUGGAGAAGAUUCUCUCAUAUAUGAUUCAUCUAUUUCUGGUGGAAUACAUAUUGGCUCAUUGUGUAUAGUGGUUGGAGCCAACAUAUCCCUAGAUGACUAUUCAUGCGAUGAGGAUUCGAUGAAGUUCAUGCUUCCAGAUCGCCAUUGUCUUUGGGAGGUUCCCUUGGUUGGAAGGAGUGAGCGAGUCCUGGUAUAUUGUGGCCUUCAUGAUAACCCCAAAAGUUCACUUUCUGGAGAUGGUACAUUUUGUGGAAAACCCUGGAAGAAAGUUUUACAUGAUUUAGGUAUUCAAGAAAGUGACUUAUGGGGUUUUUCAGGCACUGGCGGAAAGUGUUUAUGGAAUUCAAAAAUAUUCCCCAUACUUCCUUAUGCUCAAAUGCUUAAGGUUGCAAUGUGGUCAAUGGGCAUAGUUAAACAAAAAACUGAAGACAUGCUUUCUUUGUGGAAAUCUGCUCAGCGCAUCAGUCUGGAGGAAUUGCAUAGAUCAAUUGAUUUCUCAACAAUGUGCCUAGGUUCUAGUAAUCAUCAAGCUGAUCUUGCAAUAGGUAUUGCUAAAGCUUGUGUUACCUAUGGCAUGCUGGGACGCAAUUUGUCUCAACUAUGUGCAGAAAUUCUUCAAAAAGAGGGUUCUGGAGUUGAAAUAUGCAAGGAUCUCCUAGCAAUGUGUCCAAAAGUUCAGGAGCAAAACACUAAUAUACUUCCCAAGAGCCGAGCAUACCAGGUGCAAGUCGAUCUCCUUCGAGCUUGCAAUGAUGAAAAGACAGCAUGUGAGUUGGAGCACAAAGUUUGGGAUGCAGUGGCUGAUGAAACUGCUUCUGCUGUAAAAUAUGGAUUUAAAGAACAUUUGUCAGUGUCUCCCAGUAGCGUCUCCUGUGACGAAUAUCAGAUUAACAGCCAUCAUAAUGAUCACAUUCAUCAGCCUUUCCAUCCUAGAAAGGUUAAAGUAGAAUUGCCCGUGCGAGUAGAUUUUGUUGGGGGUUGGAGUGAUACCCCUCCAUGGAGCAUCGAGCGUGCUGGAUGUGUUCUAAAUAUGGCAAUAAGCUUAGAAGGUUCUCUUCCACUUGGCACCAUUAUUGAGACCACUCAAACAACAGGAGUAUUAAUUAGUGAUGACAAUCACAAGCAGUUUUAUAUCGAGGAUUAUAAAACUAUAUGUGCACCAUUUGAUGUAGAUGAUCCGUUUAGGUUAGUAAAAUGUGCAUUACUUGUGACCGGCAUUAUUCAUGAUAAUAUUCUUGUUGAUAUCGGCAUGCACAUCAAGACAUGGGCCAAUGUUCCACGCGGUAGCGGAUUGGGCACUUCUAGUAUUUUAGCUGCUGCAGUGGUGAAAGGGCUUCUCCAGAUAAUUGAUGGGGAUGACAGCACUGAAAAUGUUGCUAGACUUGUUUUGGUGUUGGAACAACUCAUGGGUACAGGAGGUGGGUGGCAGGACCAAAUUGGCGGUCUGUAUCCAGGGAUCAAAUGUACUUCAAGCUUUCCCGGAAUUCCAUUGCGGCUUCAAGUUGUUCCCUUGUUGGCUUCACCUGAGUUGAUUUCCGAGUUGCAGCAACGGCUUCUAGUGGUUUUCACCGGCCAAGUUCGAAUUGCAAAGAAGGUCCUGCAGAAGGUGGUAAUUAGAUAUCUUCGUCGUGAUAACCUUCUUGUAUCCAGUAUCAAGCGCCUAGUAGAGCUCGCGAGGAUUGGGAGAGAAGCUUUGAUGAACUGCGACAUUGAUGAACUCGGCGAAAUAAUGUUGGAAGCUUGGAGAUUGCAUCAGGAGCUUGAUCCUUACUGCAGCAAUGAUUUCGUCGACAAGUUAUUUUCUUUUGCUAGUCCUUACUGUUGUGGUUACAAGCUUGUUGGCGCCGGUGGUGGGGGCUUCGCACUCUUAAUCGCGAAAGAUAUACAGCGUGCCAAGGAUCUCAGGAAGAGGCUAGAAGAAGAGAAAGAUUUUGAAGUGAAAAUCUAUGAUUGGCAAAUAUCUCUAUAG